AUCCAAGCUAGUCGUGAUCCUCACCUGUCCACAUCCGCCCCCACACGGUGUCGCCGCCGCUGACCGUUGGUUUAACUUUGACAUCUACUCUCUUUUCCAAUACUUGAUAGUUCAGAGAAUUGAUCCAAUUUAUCUCGAUACGCCGCCUUUCUUGGUGUGUGCCGCUACUUUUCUACGGGUUGACCUUUCGCCGUUGGUCGCCCAGUUCCCCUUGCCGGCAGGGACUUCUCCGUUUCUGUGGUGAAUAGUGUUGCAUCUUAUGCUGUUAUUUGUAUUCCAGCACGAGGUUUUUGAGUGAGAUUUGCAUAACUCGGAGUGAGUUGAACAAUAUGGCAUCUAAACGAAAUAUCCGCUAUAGUCGUCUUGCUGUUGAUGAAGAUGAUUAUUAUAAUGACAGCAGCCAAAGCCGACAUGAUCCUAGAUUCGAUUAUACACCCAGAACCUAUGACAAGAUUCCUUGGAAGUCGAUAUGUCUUGCACUUUUUUUGCUCCUCCUUGGAUGCCUGCUUCUUUUGCUUGCAACUUUCAUCUUCACUGGUCACAUGGGUGGGGAGCUCUCACAAGCAUACGGCCUCUUAGGACUGGGGCUACUUACCUUUGUGCCAGGCUUCUACGAGACUCGGAUUGCUUACUACUCCUGGAGAGGUGCCCAAGGAUACCGCUUUGCCUCAAUUCCUGACUAUUGAGGUCUGGUUGUUUCAACUGCUCGUUGGUGUUUAAUCAGUUUAGUUUCAACCUUAUUCUAUUUCCUUUUUGUUUCCUUAUGGCUUAAAGAUUCUUUCUGAAGAACAAUUAUCGUUAUGCUCCGUUUGUAUAUCUAGAAACGAGUGCUUUGUAUAUUUUUCCAUUGAGUUCAGCAGAAAUCCGGUUCCAUAUGCUGCAAAAUACACGUGAUCCUGGUCGAACCUUUUAAUAGCAGCAACCCGACAAUGGAGAUGUUAGAAAUUCAGGAGGGAUUGGCUUAUUGCUGUCAAAAUCUGCAUCCUGUUGUUGGUUGUAGAAUAUAUGCGUUUGUAGAAACGGGUUUUGAACCGAAAGCAUAGGAAGAAUUUGUACUUGGACAUUUCUGAAGUUUUAAGUGCUAAUGACAUGAGAAUUAUGGAGUAGUAUUAAGGAGGAAACCUAUGCAUUUAUUCUUGAAAAGGAUAGUCUUCUGAUACUAUUAUCUAAAGAGCCCACCUCUUUUUCUA